AUGACACCUACUGGAUGUCGAACCGAUGAGCUGCAGACCCCGCUGCUGCCGAGCUCAGCUCACAUCACUGCCAAAGUAACGUUCGAUACCACAGUCCUCUCUCAGGCAGAGCUCCCGCCCACUGCAACUCUCUCCCUGACUAUUUGGAUCUCAGUUAUCCCUGUGAAGCAAUUUCCUGCCUCUUCUAGGCUCAUUUCUCAGCUCCCAGGAUGCUUUGAAGAGCACAUGGAACAAAAGCCCGCAAAUUUCAGGCUGCUGCAGAGCAAUGGAGGAGUUGGCAUCCUUGGCCCCGCAUCAGGGUAUCUGGUGGACUGCAUCGAAGCUGGAUACUCUGGAAACCUAGCAUGUGUCAAGGCUGCAGAACUUCGGGCUUACCUGAAAUCCAAAGGAGCAGAAAUCUCUGAAGAAAACGCAGAAGGUGGACUGCAUGUGGACUUGGCACAGAUUAUUGAAGUUUGUGACGUGUGCCUGAAAGAGGAUGACAAAGAUGUUGAGAGCGUAAUGAACAGUGUAGUCUCUUUGCUUCUUAUCCUGGAACCUGACAAGCAAGAAGCGCUGAUUGAAAACCUGUGUGAGAAGUUAGUAAAAUUUCGGGAAGGAGAGCGCCCGUCUCUUAGGUUGCAGCUACUGAGCAAUCUCUUCCAUGGUAUGGAUAAGAACACUCCUGUGAGAUACACAGUGUACUGCAGCCUUCUGAAAGUGGCCUCAUCGUGUGGUGCCAUCCAGUACAUUCCAACUGAACUAGAUCAGGUCCGAAAAUGGAUUUCUGACUGGAAUCUCGGCACAGAGAAGAAGCAUACUCUUCUGAGACUGCUGUAUGAUGUCCUAGUAGACUGCAAAAAAAGUGACGCUGCAGCAAAAGUAAUGGUGGAACUACUGGGAAGUUACACAGAGGACAACGCUUCCCAGGCUAGAGUCGAUGCUCACAGGUGUAUUGUACGAGCAUUGAAGGAUCCAAAUACCUUUCUGUUUGAUCAUCUUCUUGCCUUAAAACCAGUCAAAUUUUUGGAAGGAGAACUUAUUCAUGAUCUUUUGACCAUUUUUGUAAGUGCUAAACUAGUAUCCUAUGUCAAGUUUUAUCAGAACAACAAAGACUUCAUUGACUCCCUGGGCUUGUUGCACGAACACAAUAUGGCAAAAAUGAGGCUACUUACUUUCAUGGGAAUGGCUGUGGAGAAUAAAGAAAUAUCAUUCGACACAAUGCAACAGGAACUCCAGAUUGGAGCUGAUGAUGUAGAAGCGUUUGUUAUCGAUGCUGUAAAGACAAAGAUGGUCUACUGCAAAAUAGAUCAGACACAGAGGAAAGUAGUUGUCAGUCACAGCACACAUCGGACUUUUGGAAAGCAGCAGUGGCAGCAAUUGUAUGACACUCUAAACACCUGGAAGCAAAAUUUGAAUCAAGUGAAAAACAGUCUCCUCAGUCUCUCGGACACCUAAAAUUUUUUUUUUUACUUAGUAGUGUCACUGUAGAUGAAAUUUAUUCCAAACUUUGACAAUUUGUGAAUGUUUCCAAAAAUGUAUGCAAUUGGUAUAAAGAAGCUAAAUAUUCAAAACUGCAACAC